UUACCAUUUUCAGCAACACGUUGUGCUGUGUUCCCUUCUCUUUUGUAUUGUAUGUGAUUUUUCCCUAAUUCACUCUCUCCGCUCCUUUUCAAACCUUUGUUACAGAUUUAACUUACUGUUGCCAUGGUUGCUAAAGUGGAAUUCGCAUUGCUGGCCGAAUGGUCUGAUGCUAUUGAUCAAGCCGACUUGAAACGCAUUCAAACUCUUCUUUCCAAUUAUCCUCUCCUAAUUUCCGUAGCACUCACCCCCACAUUUGUCCAUGAUGAUCUUCAAAAUAAGUUGGCUUCAUGCCCUUUUCUUGGAUCCACUGUCGAAAAUCUCAAUGCCCUUCAGUAUUUACUCGCGCAACCUAAUCUUGACCACCCAUCGCCGGUGAUAUCAUUCUUGCUGGAGCAAACCAGUGUGCAACUGUUAGAAACACAAGUGUGGGGCAACGAGCGAAAUACAACGAUGCAUUUGGCGAGUUUUCUGGGGUAUCAGCAAGUUCUACAACAGAUGGUAUCUAAAGGGGUGGCCGUCGAUAUUGCCAACGAUUUAGGUUACCUGCCUGCGGAUGUCACGUCAAAUGAAGCAUUGGCACAAUGGUUGACAGCAAACCAAUCAAAAUCAGUCAAAAACGAUUUUUCAGAAACGCCGCCCAAAUCACAGAGUGGCAAGAAACCGCCGGUGCAAGGCCCACGUCCGAAUUACAGCACAUCCAGUCGGUUCCGAGAAUUGCAAGCUCUGGCAGAAUCCAGCGCUUUGGCCGAAAAGAAGAAAGUCUCCGGCCCUUCGAGUAACAAAAAGUUGAUCCAUGUGCGUUCCGGCCACGUCGAACAAACGUUGCAGAAAGUUACGAGUGAAGAAGAGGAAAAAGAACUGCAACGGGAAAGAGCCCGUCGUCAAAAAGAAGUAUCUUUACUCGUGAAACGGUCAGCCGUCAAGAACAAUCCAUUUCUGAAAAUGGCGGAACAGAAACAGCAGCAGCUCGCCAUGAGCGCUUCCUCCAGCACGUCGACACCGGGUGUGUCGUCAACCGAGAUAUCGGCCGAAGACGACGCCACGGAAAUCAAACCGAAACGCAACUCUAAAGUGAUUUCGUCCCUAAAGCACAAAUCAUGUGUUUCCUCGAGCGUAUUCCGGCAGACCGAAACCACGACUGAAGGGAAACCUCUGCGAUCCCCCAAUCUAUCGCCGUCUCCUUCCACGCCCAAUGAUGAUCACCCGGACCGUCAAUUGUCGUACUUAUCACUGCCAUCAUCCGACCACCCACCCUCAGAUACAGCUUCGGAUUCUGAUUCUGAAGAGAAUGAUGACGAUGAUCAUCAAUCCACAGGACACGCGGACCACGAAAUAAAGCAAGCCCAACAACAGCCGGCGUUGGAUGAUGUCGACAGUGUAAAAGACGAACCACAAAAAGAAAUUCAGACACAGAAAGAUGGUAAAGACGAAGACCCAGCGAUUCAGUCCGAUGCAAGCAAAGAGAAGGAUCAGGCGAGCACCAGUGUCAUUCGUGCUACGUUAGAUAUCACCAGUGGACGACGAUUAAGUGGCAGUCAGAAAGCACAUUGGUCUCUCGGUACCAGUGCGUGGGCGGCGGCAUUGAAUAAAGAAUUUAAUUUGGAGGCAUUAACGAACGAGCGGCUAGUAACGACGACCGCUACAGCCAAACACGAUGAUGAAGAUCCAGAACCAGCCUCCACAUCUGUUUCCAAUGAUAAAAGCGAUCAUGAUACCGAGGAUGAGGAGGAUAACGUCGACGAAGACAACGACAACGAGGAGGAGGAUGAUGAUGAUGACGAUGAAGCAUCGUACGAUGGUACUAUCCGCGUGUAUUUACAAAGCGUCGCCACCCAUUUUACACAGCGAGAGUGUCUUUCGGAUGACGGCUCGGGCGAUUCGCACUUGACUUCGACAUUUAGUUCAAGGCGUGGUUCAAUUGUUGACAGUAUGGAUACCUGGCCUCCACCUUCGCCUCUGGCAUCGCGCAGUGACUCGCCCAAACGCGAAAAACCCAUGUUUGGUACCAUUUCCGUGCGAUCCACGGCACGUUACGUGAGUCGGCUGCCACCUUCAGAAAGCCAAAUUUUUGAAAACGAUGACGACGAGGAAAAUGAACAAGUGGAAUCGAAUAGUGCGCCCUCGGUAGUGAGUGCGGAUCAUUCGACCCAACGAACACCAGGACCAUAUCCAUCCACGUUGCAAGGGUUAGCAUUACCGACAAGUCUGAGCACAAGCGCGCUUUGCAGUCCUCGCGGCGGAAAGCAUGGUAAACUGUACAUCCGGGUGAAUGGCGUUCACGAUAUCUUGGUUCCUUUGCCGGCCAAAGAACGAGCUUAUGUGCGCUGCAUUGUCAGCGAUGGGCGAUACGAGUACAUGUCUCGUUAUGAAUUAUUGGCACAACACAUCGUAUUUGACUAUGAAUGCAUGAUCGAUACUCAUCCCGACAUGAUUCUGAGCAUCUCACUACAUGUACGACCGGAUUAUAUUGUAAAGUCCAAACCUAUCACGCGAUUAUUCACCUCGACCCGCAAACGCAAGGAAUCACUUUCGGGGUACAUUCAUCAUGAAGAUGGGGCGCUGGGUCAAACCCGCUUUGCGCUCGCUCACAUGUUAUCCGCCUGUUACCAAAAACCCUAUGCUGCGAGCUUCCACUGUUUCAAUGCUUGGUAUACGCGAUCACCCAAGGAACGCCAUCGACAACGGCGCAAUCCCAACCAAGAUGUACUAAAAGUAGUUGGUAAUUUCGAUGUGGAAAUGCUUUAUCUACCAGUCUCCGAUCCAUCACUCCCGAUCCCUCGCAGUUUACGUGAAUGUGACAUGGCCAUUAAAAUCCGUCAGUGGAACGAAACCUGCUGGCCUUUAGGUUACUCUCUUCCCGUGAAAAUGGCCGCAAACGAAACGUCCUUUACCCUUGAUCACUGACACCAGUAUUCCCCCUCCCAAACUACAGCUUGAUUACAAUAAAACAUCCAAAAGCUGUAUCUGUACACAGUUUUCUCUAAAUAAAUGGCCUAUCACAAUGUCAUGGUUGACAAAGUUACAAUAGGAAUUAACAAAAGA